AUGAGCUCUCAAGAUGUUCAGCAGUCUCAUGCUAUCAAGAGAAAGGACGUAUGUAUCCCUCUUGUGAUGUGGAAUGAACCUCCACAAGUGGAAGUGUCGACUCUGCAUGUUCUUCUAUUGCCAGUGUCUCAACCGAGUCAGAAUUCUUCGUGUUUCUUGGCCAAGCAGGACGACAAGAAGAUGACGAUUGAGGUGGAUGAUUACAUGGAAAUUUGCACUGAAAUGUGUGUAUUUGCAGGGACAGUAGACGGUGCUAUUCUCUUUUGGAGGUUUGAGCAGGAUACUGUCGCACAAGUGAAUAUACUCGUGUUUCCAAGAACUGAAGGAGCAGGAGAACCAGUUGUGGGAAUUGUUAGUGGUACAGACGAGUGGGGACAGAGUAUGUUGAUUUCUGCUACACGGGAUGGAGCAUUGGCAAGGUGGCAACUUCCUAAUGGAGCUUGUGCUGAAGCCAAUGCUUCACUGGCAAAGGAGUUGGCCCCACUUUUGGGACUCGAGAUGCUCUGCAACAAACGAUUUACGGUUGUCGUGAGUGAGGAGUCGAGGCUUAUGGUGCUGGAUACGUGGAGGAUGCAAUUGCUGUACUGCAUGGACACAGCACAAGAGCAGAUUCGACGGAGUAUUGCCGUUGGAGAACUGCCAAUGUCAAGACCAAAGUCGUUAAGGCCGAGGGUGGCCAGGGUGACAAGUGGUUUGGAUCGAGAGCCAAGUUAUGGAAGCGAAAGUGUGAAUCAGGCGAACAUCAGCCCGUCAGCCAGAGAACGGAUGUCUCCGUCUCCAUCAUCUCUUGCUAGCAACGCGCCAGACACAAAUAGUUUAGCAGAUUUUAUUGCGUCAAGUGCAGCAGCAAAACAACAAACUCAACAUUGGGAUGCAGUGGUGCUUUCUUUGGGUACUAAGGGACUUGUGAAGUGUUACUUGUGGCAGCAACCCAGGAGAUCAUCGAGUGGCACGUCGUUUAAUGUAGCUAAAGGUGAUGGAUCUGCGAGUACUGCAUGGGGACCUUGUUGGGUGCACCGCAGCAGUUGGGUCAUUUCGUGGGCUGAUCAGGCGGAGGACAUUACGUGCUCGCAAAGUACAUCAUUGAAAGACGGGGACAACAUGAAUCCGCAAACUGCUCUCAUGGGCUCUAUUGACAACAGCUAUUUUCCACUCUCUGUGAAGAUAUCUCGAGAUUCAUCUCUCGUACUUUUAAUUUGGAGAACGAAGUUUGUCGUGCUCAAGCGCAAAUGGUUGUGUCCGCUAGAAUCACGCGGCGACAGCCAAGCAAAGAGCGAAUCUUUUAGAACGCUCAGACCAACUACUGGGAUUGGAAGUUGCCGCAUUACUCCGGCAGCGUUUGUUAGCCAGGCAGCUUCUACGUAUGGUAGUAUACACCCCACUUUGUACAAUGCAAGUGACAAUUGUGGAAGUAUUUACUGGGAAAAUGGCGAGUUUUUGGAAGACGGCAACAUUGUAUUGUGGACCAACACGGGACAUGUUUUUCAAUUUAUAUCACCUGAAACGUCUGGAAAUCCUGGUGGAAAGUUUUUUAUUUUCACGAAGGAUAAAGAUCAGCUGGUACCACGAUCUGACUCCAAGUCGCUAUGUGUUAUUGCUAAGGCCAUGUAUAUUACGUCAACGGAUCGCUGCAAAUGCUGCAAUCGGCUUGUGCACAAAGGCAAAUACUUACACCCGAAGCCGAGAAGGGCAAUGGGUUACCUAACAGGGCAGCGACAAGAUGCAGGAUAUACGUGUGUAAAUACUAGUUCUUUGCUAUCAGGAUUGCAGAUUGUGCACAUGUGCCAUCACGGAACAUUGGGACAUUGGACGAUGCCAGCAUCCCCUAUGUCGUCUUCAACGCGCAUAUCUCAGAAUAAGAAGAGCAGCAUUAUCGCAGCCAGUGCCCCGUUGGUCGAACGAGUGCGCUUUCACUCGCUGAGUGAUGGAUUUGAAGCCACGGAAGAAGCUACUCAAGACGAAAGCACUGAUAAGGGAACACAAGAUGAACCUCGACUUCGAUGCUGCUUAACACACUUCAUUAUUGGAAGGGAGGAGACACGUUUGUCUUCGACAUUUGAAGUAGUCCGGCGAGCUGGGAUGCGUCGCAAUCGCCGGCAAGGACUUGGUGAUGUAUCAGUAAACAUAAGAGGAAGUGAGUUGUCAAGCACAGGCACUUCAGCGGUAGCCAUAGCUAGCAGGCUGGCCACUGCUUUGACAGGACGAGGAAGGCCCCCAGGUGUUGGGGAUGAAUCUUGUCAACUAGAAGCCGAUGGUAGUAAGCAAAUGAAAUCGGAGCACUUGGAUUAUUGGUAUUUGCUGGACAUUCCUAUUAUUGCCAAGGGGUUCACAGAUGGAAUGCUUCACAUCGAAUUACUGAGCCAAGAUCAUUUGUCAAGUACAGCUCAGGUGUCCGCAAAAGAUACAGCAAUACAACUAUCGUGUCAUUCUGGGCGAGUGACAGCACUAGCGCAUUGCUGUUGGGAAGUUAGAGCAGCCUCAAUAUCUUCCUGCGGGGUUGCUUCUCCCACUAGUGCAAGCCAGGUACAUUUUGCAACGGAGAAGAACCCUUUUUACCAGUCUCGCUUUCGUAAUCCUUUGUCAAAAAGAAAAAGCAAAGACGGACUAACGAAUACUAACACUAGCAAUCACACAUGUCGAAGGUCAUUGACGAUAGAAACUUCCGGCAGCUCAGAACCAAACAAUGGGUCGUCCUGGGACAAGCAGCCUUCGAUCACAUUUAUGCUUUUUAGUGGUGGCACAGACGGUAUCCUGCUUGUAAUCGAGCUUAUUCUGUACCGUUCGGCUACUACUAAUGACGAGGCAAACGGCUUUGUUCGGCAGAAAGCAAAAAUGUUGCAAAAGUUUCGAAAUCACCGCGGAGCAAUCCAGCAGAUUAGCAUUUCGCCGCUCAAGAAUGGCUCUGUUGAUGGUCCUGAUGGAGACAAUCUGGAUACGAAGUACCCUGAUAGAUUGGUUGCAACAUUGGGGGUCGAUCACAAAGUCGUCAUAUAUGCUCCUCAGUACUCGCGACACUCUUCAUCACGACAGCCAAGUGUCUGCAAUACACAAGAGAGACGUAGAGACGAUCGGUAUAGUGUUGAGUGGAGGUCCGUGCUAGAGUUGUCGGAGCAUGCUGACUCAAUCUGCAGCCUAGUCUGGCAUCUAGAACGGGGUUUAGUCCAUAUUGAAUGCAAUGAUCGGAUGGUGUACGUUUGGAGCACCGACACUGGCAUUCUGGAGCGUAAAGUUCCGUAUGCGCUAAUUUACGGUGGUGGACAUAAUGUAUCAGGUGAAAGCGCGAGUGACGGAGCAAAUGGUAUCGGCUGCUCUGUUGUUGAAAACUUCACUUUAUAUAUUGGCAAUACAGCCGUGCAAGUCAUCGAGUUUGGCGCACUUCGAAGCGCUGAGCAACUCAAAAAGAAUUGGUUAAGUUACUAUAUUUCACAAUUCCAGAGCAGCGACGCAGUUGUCAACGGCUUUGAGACCAAGUUUCAGUCUUCACGAGCUUCUAUAUAUGCAACGGGCUCCAUGGAGCUAUUUAUGCUCUCGCUGCUGCUGUCAUGGGGUGUCACGCCUGCCAUUGAUCAGUCGUGCCACGCCAUUUUGGGAAUCAAACCUGUACAUGCGCUUUACUCGUGUGCACUGCAAGACUAUACUUCGGGAGCUUUGACAAUACCCGUUCCAUGGUCAAUGCCAAAAGUCUUACCUUUGCCAAUUGGUCACUCUUCAGUAGCUGUUGCGAGUAAGCCAAAUAAUUUGGUGAUGCCUGUUGUACCUGCUUUUGCACGAAACUGGCAGCAUUCAUCGGCUUUGUCAGCUAGCAUAGCACUGGGCGUUUUAUCAUUUUGUAUGAGCUGCAUGGAGUUUUCACAUCCCAAGGCUGGCAACGGUAUCAUGUCGCCCGCUAACAGGGAAGAAUUCCAAGUGUUGUGGAGUCAGUUAAUCACGCAGCAUUCGGUUGUAUUACCAGAGUGUGUAGCUCAAUUUCGCGAACCGGCUCUCGAAGAACUUGCAGUUUUUGGAUUCGACUCUUGCGAGUACACUCAAUUGGCGGCACGUACACUAUUAAGUGGCGUGAUUAAGCGCCUUCCUGCAGCAGAGCGAAUCAUACUUUCAGCAGAGUAUUCGGCAAAACUUCAUUGGGAAAUCGUCCGUUUGGAAACAGAGCUUGGUACUUCUUUUCUAGGGAAAGUUAGUGCGGGUGGAAACAGUGGUGGUGCAGCUUCAAGCUCUCAGGCAAGUAGCAAUAAUGUCACCCGCGGAAGCAGCAACAGUGCCAGUGCGGGCUCCGAUAUAGAAACGACGGCGUUCACUUUAGUGGUGGAACGUCUUGGCUCGCUCGUGCUCCUCACGGGUAUGAUCGGCACGUAUUUCCCUGGUGAGAUAUCACCAGCUGGUGCGCGUGAAGUGUGCGACAUACUCGUGUUCCUUCUUAAAGCACCGGAACGGUUUGUGGCAUCGGUGGCAGCUGAGCUGCUUACGAAAGGACUUAUGUUGUUCAGACCGCACCUUGUUGACUUGUCUUCACUAAUUAUCCAGCUUUUGAUGAUCAAUUUGCGUGAGAAACAACGCAGUGCCCAAACUAAAGAAAGCGAGGAGGUUUUAUGUGGACCAGGAGGAUCUCUUGCCAAUUUUUACGAUGGUGGAACUGGUGGAAGUAACGCGGCAAUGAAUUUGCUGGUGGAGAUCGGUGCUUACGAGUCGGCUUUUGUGCUUGGACUGCUGCAACAAGAGAUGCACAAUCAUGACCGCCCACCUGGCUUUCACAAAAUCAUUUUGUUGUUUGUAAUGGAGCUUGUCAACACCCAUUACCUGCUCAUGUGUCGACAUUUGCCAGCGUUCGUGGAUACAGUUAUGGUGUGCUUGGACCCGACAAAGCCUGAACGUCGUCGCCGUUGUUUAUCACUGAGUACUCGCUGUCUCCACAGCCUUGUGCAACGGUUUCCAAUGGUAGAUUUCCACAAGGAUACGCAGCGUUUAGCAUUGGGAACAAUGGAGGCUGUGAUUGUCAUCUACGAUCUACGCACAGCCACGAAAUGGCGUGUUCUGGAUGGCCACAUGUCAGCUGUCUCUGCUGUCCGCUUUCGAUCCGAUGGACACGUUUUAGUGUCGUAUGCAGCUCGUGACGGCAGUGUUCGGUGGUGGAAUAGUGGCAAUGCUGGUUUAUUUGGUGGUAUGCUCAAGAUGCAUCAGUCUUGUCUCAAAGAGCACAAAUUAGCAGCAUUGACGGAGAGUUCAAAUGGUGGUGCACCUGUUUCAACGGGUGGAGCAAGUGCUGGACUCAAGCAAAUCAUUCAGACGUGCCGUUUUCAUUUUCUUAUACGUAAAGACAAUUCUCAUGAUGGUAGAAGCAAUACGAAUCAGUCGAAAUGCAUUUUACGUCUCACACGUGAAGAUGCUAGUCAAGUGCAGUUUUUGCUGUAA